AUGGGACGGUGUGUUGUAUUUACCCUCGCAGCUUUGCUAGCACUCGUCGAGAUCGGAUCGUGCAUGGAGUGCUUCCAAUGUAAUUCGCAGUCUGAUCCAACAUGCCAGGACCCCUUCGGAGGAAGAACUAUUGUUGAAUGCAGAACGCAAGAUUCAAUAAACUACAACCGUGCAUACUUGAGCUCCGUCUUACCUCGGGAGUUGAUAGAGGGCGUUACUGGUGCUCCACGUUAUUGCCACAAAUUUGUCUUCCAGAACGGAGCAACAGUCCGCACAUGCCUCGACGCGAACCCCACCGACUUAGACCAGACCUGCCGCCUCCUUGAAAACGCUGCAAGAUUAGCACCAAAUGACGCCACCAAGCAAAUCAAACACUGCAGCGUAUGCGACAAAGACCGCUGCAACGGCGCUGGUUCCAUCGCUGCUUCAGCUCCUUUGGCCAUCAUAGCAGUAAUUGCUGCUUACUUAUACACUAAACAGUAA